GCCACCUGUUGAUAUGCCUUAACCAGAAGACUGUCACAUCCACUUUUAAUUUUUGUAGUAUCUAAAGCUUGUGUUAUAAUUCAGAAGGGAACAAAAAAUGAAAACGACUACAGAAAAUUCAUUCACAUUAGUUUACGUUAAUCGAUUUGGCGACCACGCUAGUGGUACUGCUAUUCGCUAUCGUCGAAUAGUAAAACGUAAGAAAAGAUUGCGUGAGGAGCCGACCCAAACCGCGAAAAACAGCAUAAGUACAGUGUGCCACAGAAAGAACCGAACAAAUGAUAUCGCUAGCAGUAAAGAUAGUGGAAAGGCGUACGCAAAGGGUAAGGAGACUUUUCAAGUAAUGAACCCAAAAGGUGAACGAAAUACUUUCAAAGGAAGCAAAACAGUCGCUUGUUCAAAUGACAGCGGGUUGAGAAACAAGUCAGUGUGUAGAAAAAACGAAUCGGGUGGCAAAAAAAUAAUUUGGAGACAAAAAAACGAACCUCUAGUUGGACUUUUAAAUAAACGUUCGUUGAAAGACCUUGACGUGGAAAUGCCAGCUUCCGGUCAAAAUAAAAUACUCACUCAGCUGUUCCCAAGCUACUACGGAGUGCUCCAGACACAACUUUCCAUAAAUGAAGAAAGUGUGUGGACGUUUGUACCUCUUGUACCAUGCAGACUAGCGUGGACAUGCACCUUGUGGAAAAUGGAUCCUGAGCUUUGGGAAGCUGCCCGGAUGGAGAUGGCCCUUGUGAGAAGUUCCUGAUAUUAAGAAUACUACCAUGAUCUGUUUAAAAAAUCGACCAUUACAGCAAGUUACAAAUAAAAUUGCUCUAUGAGUAAAAUA